AUGACUUACGAGAUUACGAGUUAUCCCAGGGGUUUCCAAUCAGCAGCUUCAUUCCAUGAUCGUAUCGCAGAGGUGUGGCGAGGUAUAUGGUUUAAUCGAUCAUAAUGAUGACGAUGAUGAUGAUGGUUCUCUUUUUACUUCUUGAUUGUUCUUCGCUGCGUAUAGUCGUGAUUAUAGAACUGCAAUCUUCUCGGACUCUAAUUACAAAUCUUGAAUCACUAUUGCACUCAUAUGAAUAAAGGUUGCUGCCCUAUGAACGGACAAAAAAUAAACGUGGCCAGGAAUUUGAAACAAUUGGCGUCAGAGCGAAUAGCUGCAGCAACGACCUUGGACUUUAUACAGAGCUUCACUUUCAAUAUCGUCAGCAUGGCGCGAAUUUUGUUGAGGAGUCCCAUUUAUAUGAAGGAUUUAAUCGUUGCAAUAUGGCAGACUCAACCAGUGCAAAUAAAUUGCCAUUCAUCGUGCACAUGCUUUGUUGUUCAUUUAUGUUCUUGAAGUUUAACAAUGCUGAGGCCGGUUCGGCGGCCAAUGUCUAACAAACUUCAAAUGUGUACGUCGUUGUUCUUAGAGAUUAUUUACGUUUCUACAAAAAGAAAAAUUGCCAGAGAGCCGAUGCGUCGUGCGUACUUCCGUAGAACUAGAGUUAGCAUUUCGUAGAUCGCGCAUAGAAGAUUAUGUUGCUUGUCUUGUUUUAUAGUAAUUCUCAAUAGUAUUGAUCAACCGGUGGCCUAGCAUCUCCUUUCUUGUCGAUCAAUAUUACCGAAGCUUUUAAUCAAUCUGACCAAAAAGCCUCCCCACUUCUGUUGGCGGAGACUCUUGUUUGUAAGAAUGCCGACAUUUAUCAGUCAUGACAUGCAUAAAAGUGAAAACAUCUUUGGGAACCCAAAGGAGGCUUGUGCGCUUAAGAUAUUCGCUCCAAAUUAUCAAAGAGCCGUGCCAAGAUGUGCCUCUCUGCAAUUCCACUGUGAGGACUAGCACAGAGGCGUGCGCUGCCACUGCUCCUGCAAUAAACUCCAC